AGUCGCUGUGUUUUUAGCCAACAAGCUAGUCGAGCUCUCAGGGUUCUGUUGUUUCUGAGUCUGAUUCUUAUGGGACAGUUUUUACUCGUUAUUUCGAGGAGUGGAUGAGUCACCACCCUCGUGUCCCUGCUGUGGCCCAGAAUGGCUCACGGUGGCCGAACAGACUCUCCGGAGCUCCCGGACUUCUCUCUGCUGAAGAGGCUGGCCAGAGAUCAGCUGAUCUACCUGCUGGAACAGCUGCCAGGGAAGAAGGACCUGUUCAUUGAGGCUGACUUGAUGAGUCCACUGGAUCGUAUUGCUAAUGUUUCAACACUUAAGCAACAUGAGGUUGACAAACUCUACAAAGUGGAAUAUAAAUCUAUUGUCAGCACCUCAGAUCAACUCUGUUUCCUGAUCCGGCCAAGAAUACACACUGUAAAGUGGAUCUGUGAUGUGGCCAAUGCAGACAAAGCUGCAGGAAGAUUCAGAAGAUACAAGAUAAUCUUCACCCCACAGAAGUUCUUUGCAUGUGAGGCGGUGCUGGAGGAGCAGGGGAUCUUUGGUGAUGUGACCAUCGAUGAAUGGGCGUUCUACCUUCUUCCACUUGACGAUGACAUCAUCAGUCUGGAGCUGCCAGAAUUCUUUCGAGACAAUUUCCUGGCAGGGGACCAGCGCUGGGUGAGGACCGCUGCCAGCGCUCUGCACCUCCUUCACUCUGUUUACGGUCCGUUCUCCAAGAUCUACGGGAUUGGAAGAUGCUCCAAGAUGACGUACGAGCUGUGGAGGGAGCAGGUAGAAGAGGAAGAAACAAAAGCCUGUCAGGCUGAAAUAGGAAAAGUUUUUCUUAUCGACAGAGAUGUGGACUUUGUCACUCCUCUGUGCUCUCAAGUUGUCUACGAAGGACUCGUGGAUGAUAUAUUUAGAAUCAAAUGUGGAUGUGUGGAGUUUGGAGCUGAUGUUACUUCCUCUGACAAAAGUUUGAAGGUCAUGCUGAACUCUCAGGAUAAGGUCUUCAAUGAAAUCAGAAACGAGCAUUUCUCCAACGUCUUUGGGUUUCUCAGUCAGAAAGCCAGAAAUCUCCAGACUGCAUAUGAUAAGCGUCGGGGGAUGGACAUAAAGCAGAUGAAGACGUUUGUGUCAGAAGAGUUAAAAGGGUUAAAACAAGAGCAUCGGCUGCUAAGCCUGCACAUCGGUGCGAGUGAAUCAAUCAUGAAGAAAAAGACGAAGCAGGAUUUCCAGGAGCUGUUGAAAACAGAACACUCUUUACUUGAAGGAUUUGAAAUUCGUGAAUGUAUUUCUUUCAUAGAGGAGCAUAUCAACAGACAGGUCUCCAUGAUAGAAAGUCUGAGGCUGCUUUGUCUUCUGUCCAUCACAGAAAAUGGACUCCUGCCAAAAGAUUACCGCUCGUUAAAAUCACAGUAUCUACAGAGCUACGGAGUGGACCACCUGCUCACAUUUGCCCACCUGAGGCAGUCGGGGCUGCUGGUGGAGCAGCAGCCGGGCGAAACACUGACCGUCAUGGAGAGCAAAGUGGGUAAACUGGUCAACGACAAAGCUGCAGGAAAGCUGACUGACGCCUUCUCCUCUCUGGCAAAGAAGAGUAAUUUCAGAGCCUUGAGUAAAAAGUUGAACCUGGUGCCCAAGUCAGAUGAAGAAUAUGACCUGCGGGUUCCACGAGACAUGGCUUACAUCUUCAGCGGAGCUUACAUCCCUUUGAGCUGCAAACUCAUUGAGCAGGUGCUGGAGCGAGAUGGAUGGACGGGGCUUGAAGAAGUCACCAGGCUGCUGAAUGGACAUGACUUUUCUGUAACAGGUAGCAACGGAGCAGAUUUAAGAGCAAAGAAUGAUGCUCAGCGCAUUGUCCUGGUCGUGUUCCUCGGAGGCUGCACCUUCUCUGAGAUCUCAGCCCUACGCUUCCUCGGCAGAGAGAGAGGUUAUAAAUUCAUUGUGGUAACAACUGCCAUCACCAACAGUUCGAGGCUAAUUGAAGCUUUGCUGGACAACCAUGUGUGAGACGUGUCAGCUCAUCAUGACGGACAGAAGCCACACACAUGUCUGAGUGAACUCUUCAUGCUUCAUUCCCUCCAGCUCUGACAUGACAGAUGGAAAGUUUCCUCAUGCUCUGAUUCUGUUGUCAAAACAACUGUGAAGAUGUCUCAUGUAAAAACAGUGAAUGUUUUUAACAGACGUUGAAGCUUUUCCUUGUGUUUUUUGUCUCAAUUUCAAAAUAUAUAGAACGGAUCUGCUUGUUGUUGUGUCAUAUGAUUAGUAAUCAGAUAGAAGACACAAAAAUCAAAUUCCUACGCAAAACGUAUAAAGAAAUAUCUCAUACAUGUUACAGCAUUCCUGUUUUCUGAGUUUGUGACAGAAGUGAGCUAUGUCACAAUCUGUCAGAGGUGAAGUGUUGAUUUAUGACAUGACACAUACAUGAUUUAUUAGUAAUCACAUACAUGACACACACAUGAAUUAUUAUUCACAUAUAUGACACAUACAUGAUUUAUUACAUUACACACAUGAUUUACUAUCUAUCAUACAUGACACACAAACAUGACAUACAUGAUUUAUGACAUCACAUAUAUGACACAUGAUUUAUGACAUCGCAUACAUGAUUUAUUACAUGACACAUACAUGAUUGAUUACGUCACAUACAUGAUUUAUUACAUGACACACACAUGAAUUAAUAUUCACAUAUAUGACACAUGAUUUAUGACAUCACAUCCAUGAUUGAUUACGUCACAUACAUGACACAUGAUUUA